GAAAUUUCAAAAAGUUUUUUUCUUCAGAGAAAUGACGGUUGACGCUGUUAAAAUUUAUAAGAUGGAGGAGGUGAAGAAACAUAACAUACUGAAAGGAGCAAAUAAGUCGGUUUGGACGGUUAUUCAUGAUAAAGUCUAUGAUAUCACACAGUUUCUUGACGAGCAUCCAGGUGGGGAGGAAAUACUACUAGAGAAUGCUGGAACAAAUGCAUCUGAAAGCUUUGAAGAUGUUGGACAUUCCAGUGAUGCUCGUGAGAUGCUCAGUGAAUAUUAUAUAGGAGAUAUUCACGAGGACGAUACAUUUGGAUCUGCUGACCUGGGACCAAAAUCUUGGGGCACCGGGCAAGUCCAGACUCAAGAAAGUUCCUGGAUUACUAGUUAUCUUAUACCCAUGUCUUUGGCCCUUGGUUGCGCCUUUAUCUACAGAUAUGUUUUCGGAUAGAGCAAUCACUAGGAGCAUUUUUAUAUUUCCAACCGAAUGUAUUUAACUACUAUAAUAAAUAAAAUAAAUAGUGGUAUAAACAUC